AUGCCUCCCCUGCAUCAGUGUCAACAUCACUGCACCGUCACCGGAAAACAGAGGAAGAUCAUCGCAUCCGAGCCUGAAGGAAAUAAAAACACACCAUCCAGAGAAGCUCCGCCUUCACCACAAGCACAUUCAAGGAUCAGGCUACAGCACUUUCACCUUCAUGGGGAACCAAAAUCUCCCCAAAAUAGGAAGAGCUACUCCAGGCAUGAGCUGAGAGGCGAGGGAGGCAGCCAUCGCGCCAUCGCCAUCACCAUGGGAAAUCAGGAAGCAAAGCAAAAGCGAGCUGCAGCCGCAUCAAGCAAUGGAAGCUUCCCUUCACUGGAUGAAGGAUGGAAGGAGGGAGGAGGGGACAUGGCAAAGAAAGGGGGCAAGAAAAUCCACAGUAAGCAUGGAGGUAAAGGAGCUGGGAGUGGGGGAGGAGGGGGGACACAUGGCACAGGACCAGUGAAAAAGAAAAUCAAACCUGACUGCAAGUCCUCAGUUUUUUCCCUCCGCAAGAGGAAGAGCAACCUGAGAGGGAAAGGAGAUACGUGCUCAUCAAUAACAGGGUCGAAGGAGGAUGUGUUGGUGUCUAAGCACGAUGAGCUGGACAGCACCAAAACACCAGACCUGUCUGCUGACGAACUAGGACAGUCGGACACAGAAGCAGUGUUUCCCGACAAGCGUCAGAAACCAGAAGAGAGGCGGAGCAGGGAUGGAGCAGGAGGAAACGAGCAAAAGCAGGGGGUGCAGAGAAGAGCCUCGACUGCUGCCACUUCUCCCGCGGAUGAUGGGGGGCAGAAAGGAGGCAGUUCAGGGUCAGACACUGACAUCUACAGCUUCCACUCAGCAGCCGACCAUGAGGAUUUGCUGGCAGACAUCCAGCUUGCUAUUAGACUUCAGCAUCAGCAGCAUGGUGGAGUUAUUGCAGUCAUGGAAACACGUGGAGUGGGAGGAGGGGACCUGAGCGGGAGGGCGGCAGAAGAGAGGACGAAGCUCAGUAACGGGAAUGUGGACGCGUCUGCCCCUGAGGGGCUGGAACUAGAGCUGGGGUCUGACGCCCUGUCGUUCCUAGAGACAGGAACUCUGUCCGACUCUCUGAAGUCCACAGACCUGACUGUGCUCCUGCAAGACCCACAGACCCCUGUCUCCCAUGGCACUCAAGAGCAGCAGCGGGGGCAGCUGGAGGAGGAGGUGGGGCAUCCAUGGCUAAAUGGCCAGAGGCAACAGGAGACAGAAGCCUCUCUUUGUGUUGCCACAAGCACAAAAGAUCAGCAUGCUUUGCUGCAGCAGGUCCUUAUCACAGACAGCUCCUUGACUACUGCCAGGGAUGUAGGAAUCAGCCCAAUCACCAUGGAAACCUGUAGCUCCCACGAAGCCAGUUUAGAAAAACAUCUGAGGGGGGCAGAGGAAGCAGAAGGUGAAACGUGGUUGGAGGAAGACCAGGAGAUGGACCUCAGUCCUCCACUUGGAGGAACCAACACAAAGUGUUCAGAACCCACAGAGGCCCCGAGCUCAGGGAAUGCUUUUGAAGAAGGAGGUUGUUGUUUAGGCUCGGGUACCAGUGCAGAGUCACUGGAGGACGGCCUGAAUGCUGGUUCUGGAACUAGCCACACCGUUGCUGCCUGCACCAGGACGACCUCCUCAGACAUCCAGUGCAGGAGGAGCGGCAUCUGUUUCACCACACCAGCUCCUCAGGAAAGCCCCAAGAAGGCCAAGCAGCUCCUUAGGUCCAACCACUCCUCCAACUCCUGUAGCCACGGGGUGAAACCUUACCCUCCCAUCUUCCCGUCUUACAUCAAGACUACAACGAGACAGCUGAGCUCCCCGGGACACUCCCCAGGCCUGUCCCCGUCCAACAGCCCCUCGUCCCCACGUAAGGCCCACCUUCACAUCUGCAGGGCGAUGGCUGAAGGACACCAGAGCCGUAGACCGCGCUCCCGAAGUCUGGCUGGUUCUCUGAGCCGCUCAGCUGACUGGACCGAGGAGCUUGACAGGAGACUGAGGAGCAGAGAGGAGGAUGGAGGAGGUUCAGGAGAAUACCUGAUGGGCUACAGAGGAGGAGGCAGUCAACCCAUCUGUGGGACCAGAAGAUCCUCCUGUGGGCAGGUGUCUCUUUGUGGAUUCCAGGAUGUUUUCACAGGUCGUACUCUUCUGGAGAAGCUGUUCCUGCAGCAGCGGCAGGAGGAGCCAGAGGAGGCUGAGAGGCUCUGCUCUAAGAUCUUGGCCAUGGGCCUCCUGUUGCCCUUCACAGACUGCUUCCGGGAGCAGUUAGGAGGCAGCACUGCCCACAUUGCCUCCACGGCAUCAGCCAAGUUUGACGUAUGUAGCUGUCCUGUAUCUUAUCUUCUUGUGGUGGUGGUGUCUUUGUGUCCCAGUGAAGACUGGCUUCUUCAUGUUGGAGCUUUUCACCUUUUUAGGCAUCAGGAUGGCACAAUGCGACCUAAGCUACAUUCACACUGUAGCUGUAAUACUCAGUUCCAAUGAUUUGAUCAAAUCCAGUUAUUUGUGUGAUUGUUCACAUUAUAACAAACACUCUAUAGUUUAUGGAAGCCCAUUUCUGCCAUCCUGAUAAAAAUAAUAAUUAUUUUAAAAAAAUAAUUAUUAAGAUUAAUUAUUAAUUUUAUCUCAUAAUAAUGAGAUAGCUAUCUCAUUAUUAUUUGGAGAUAGUUUCUUCUUAUUAUGACUUAGCUAACUCAUAUUUACGAGAUGUUAAAUGAAGUCCUAAGACCCAAGCCUGAUUUAUACUUCUCUGUGAGCUCCGUAACGGAGAGACACACACGGAGUGUCGGAAAAGUUUUCACAUUCGAACUUCUGUUCAGGCAGCUAAGUGUUGCUAAGCUAUUCCCCGCUAGGACAACAGCGGGCGUAGCACUGUUCUGUGGUAUCCUGCCAUCAUAACACUCGUGUAUCCAUCCGGUCCAUUAUAGUGUGUUUACUAACGUGUUUAUAUAUUUCAGAGACUUUAUAACACGGACAAAUUUGUCCUUAAUUCUCCUCCACCUCUUCAUGCGGUUGCCACCCAUGAGAACCCACGUUUCUCAUAGAGUCCGCCCAUGUUGCUCCGUAUUUUGGGCUCCUUCACUUACGAGUAAAUAAAUGUUAAUAUUUUCAGACUUUUUCCGUGACACGUGCUUCAAUCUGUUCUGGGUCUGCUACUAAAUAUCUGUUUACUUUUUAACGGAGCUACAGCGGUGCUGGUGACGACUUUACAGGAAGUGGCGUCCUGAUCAAUCACAAGCUUGCGGUCUCCAUCACUUUUGACGGAUGUAUAAAAUUUUGGGCAUGUCUCCGUCACCCUCUGUGAGCCCGUCGGAGAACCUGUGCACCGACGCAUAAUGGCGUUGUGUGUCUCUGCACCAACGCAGACGGAGACGUAUAAAUCAGGUAUUAACUUUUAGCAAACUGUGCUCAGCAAUAUGGGAGGUUGAGGACAUUUUGUAGCUUGAGAAAUUGUUCAGCACUUAUAUUGAAAAUUUCAUAUCAUAGUUAAUUACAGUGUCAACAUUAGAACUCCCUAAGCAGUGUCACCUUCAGCAAUGCUCAGUUUAGGUACAGUCUGACCUUUCAACAUCUUUUCCACAUCUGGUCAGAAAGGAGACACAGCACUGCAUGUGCUCCCUUUAAAUGAGCCUGACUUCAUACCAGCUGGGAUUCAGACUCUGCAAGUCUGAAAAUUAAACAAUAACUUUAUUUCCCAAGCUCCCAUCUGUCUGCCUCCACAGAAGGAAGAACUUCAGCUCGAAUCAAUUGCUAAAUUCGAGACUAGUUUCUUAAAUCAAUAUGAACUUCUUCCAUGACUUAUAAUCUACAUAAUCAUUAAAUAAACAUUUGUUUGUUACUACUUAUAAUAAUUAUAGUAUAAUGAAAUGCUUCAUUAAUUUGUGCUCACUGAAUAGAUAUGAUGCUAUGUUUGUCUACUAGAACCUUCCAUGUGUUCAACAUGUUUUGACGACGAGGUCCUCACACCUGCACUCACACAAUAACAAGUACGGCUAAGUUAAACACUGACACACAUAAUAUUAACCCAGUCAGAACAUCCUGUAUCAAGAAGGCGUGUUUCUGAGUUGUCUUGGUAACAUCUCUCAAACUUGUCAGCCUCUGAUUGGCUGUGCAAAUCAUAACAUCAAAACCUUAAAACUGGAUCAUCCUGGGUGAUUCGACAGUUCUAGAGAAUCACUUCAGACCGGCUAUCUGUAGUAAACCUCUUUAACCAUCAAAGAUUUUGACACGUCGUCACAGCCUUUUUGCACCUACAAAGCUGAUGAGCAAACAGUUCCUGCAGAAACAAAGCUGAUAUCGUUAGACUCCUUAAGAGUCCGCCAGACGCACAGAUCCAUCCAGCUGUUGUGACCCGAGACAUCUCUGGAUUGAAGAGGCGAUACCACGGUAUUCUACUAGGGGUUGCAUGACUUAAUUUUUUUAAAAGUCGACAGUCAAGUAAUGAAAAUCGAGUCGACUUUGACUUGUCGUUGAUGACGUCAUACACCUGAAGCGGCGCGGGGUGGGGUGGGGGGUGGGGGUUUGGUUGGUUCGCUGGAGUUUUUGACAAUUACAAUUACGCCCACAUUUUUAACCCUAACCUCACAUUAGAGCAUUUUUUGUGCUGACACGUGUAUUUGUGUGAAUAACUUUGGCUAUGUUAAUGCAAUUUAUCUAAUUUUUACGGAGGAUGUGUAUUUUGGAAGGAAUUACAAAAAAAAGUUUGAAAAAAUAUUCAACCUACUUUAUUAAAACGUGGAAAUCAUUUUGUACAUUUAAGCACAUUGAAGCAUUUUUGUGCCAUUGACUUUCAUGUAAAUCAUAUAUUUUUAAUUAGCAUAAAUAUUGGCAUAAUUUAAAAAAAUUAUGAUUGUGCCCAUGUUUACAGUCUCAUCACAAAUGUAAGAAGCAGUUUUUACCGUUUUUCACUACAUGGCAAACUUUCUCCAUAUAUAGCAGGGCAAUGGCUGAACCAGCAUUUAAACUGAAUGAUUUAGCUGUAUUUCUUUACCUCUGACUGCCCAUUAUAAUACAUAUUUUGCACAAAAAAAAAAAGAUUUGUGUGUUAUUUAGAGGUGCCAUUCAAUAGUUUGCAUGUGUGUGUUCUGAAUUUUUGGUAAUUGUGCUUUUUCAGUGUUCUUUCAAAAAAUAAGCCUUACUGAAUAUACAAAAUUAGCUUAUUCUGCAAAAUAGCAUUUUGACAUGUGUUCCUUUGUGUGUGAUUGUGCAGGCAUGCAUGUAUGUAGGUAUCAAAGCACUUUACAGAUCUUCAAAAAGCAGAUCUGUGAUCAUUAUCUGGAGUGGUUGAGCAGGUGUGGGCAAUGGGAGUGUGUGUGUGUGUGUGUGUGGGGGGGGGGGGGGGGCACAGGUUCUCACACUCUGUUGACUUCAUGAAUAUUCAUUAAAGGCAUGCUAUAUAUCAGAAAUCAAAGGAUUUUCUGCAAAAUUUCAGAUAUUCAUUCACAAUUUUACUUUUGCAAAGUGUUAUUUCAAUAAGUAUAAAGCAUUUGCAUGGAUGAAAGCUAAGAUGAAGGCUGAAAAACUUCAAAGGCGUACAUUUGUUUUGCAAAACAAAUUCCUGCAGAGUCGAAUUUUGUUUACAUUCAGUAGGGGCAGCUUACACAGGUGCACCAAUUGACUAAAAGUACAUAUAUGAGACUCAGAUCAGGAUUCAUUUCUUUGAACCGCAACCAUGAGAAGAAGUUUCAACGUGAAUGAAGCCCUGGAGGUGUUUCAGCAGCUUGAAGAUGAGGGGAAGUCAGUCAGGAGGGACCGCAGCAGAAGCAGACCGUAAUCAUCGAUUACAACCGCUGCAAAGGGGCAGUUGACAACUUGGACAAGGUAAUUUAUUUAUUUUAUUUUAUUAUAAUUCGCCAACGUAAUUGCAUAUGUCAUUUAUUUAUUCAUUUAUUUUUAUUCCAGCUCGUUGCAACAUACAGCUGCCGUCGCAAGACCAGACGUUGGCCCAUGUCGCUCUUCUGCAACAUGUUAGAUGUGAGCGCCUACAAUGCCCUGGUCCUGUGGCUGUCUGG